AUGCCGCAGCCCCUUCUCUCUAGUCCAACAAAUCUGAAAUACUCCAGGACGCAGUCCUUCGGACUCGGCCAAGAGUUCUUCUCUGAGGAGGAGGAAGAAGAUGACGAGGUCAUCGACGUGCAGCCUUUCCUACGUCCUAGACGGGGUGGCGUCUGCGCCGAGCCAUGGACGAAAGGCUACUACAAGGAGAAGCUGUGGACAAAGCAUUCGGCAUGGGAGCGGCUGCUUUUUGACACCAUGAGGGAAGCCACUGUCUUCAAACAGUUCGGCGACAAAGACCUGGAACGCUUCAUUCGGCCCAUGGAAACUCAUCUGCGCUACGACGGGGAGUCCUUCGCAGAUGAAGGUGACCGUGCAGACAGCCUCUUUGUUGUGCUCGAGGGAACUCUCGCCUGCUACCAAAGCGGUAAGGCGGAGCCUGUUUUGAAAAAGAAGCAGGGCGAUUUGGUCGACGAGGUUGCUGUUCUGUUCGCGUACCCGCGCAGAUACACCUUGAAGGCAGAGGGAGAGACGAUUGUGGCAAAGCUGCCGCACAGUGAGUAUGUCACCCUCUGCACGCGGAUGUCCUUCCGUCAGCGUUCUAGGUACAAGCACAUGUUGAAGAGCUCAAAAAUGCUCGAGAUGAUGGAAGACGAGGCCAUGGAGAAGCUCUGUGAUGCCUUCAGUCUUCGCAGGUAUGCACCUGGUGAGAACAUCAUCACGCAAGGAGAACAAGGCUCGGAGUUCUUCUUGAUUUCCAUGGGAACGGUGCGUGUUUGGGUGAAGAAUGGCGACGAUGAGCAGGAGUAUGUCCGGCUCCACGCGGGGAACCUCUUCGGUGAGCGUGCCUUGCUGAAGAACGAGCCGCGCGCGGCGUCGGUGACCUGCGUGACGGAGGUUGAAGUCCUCGCGCUCAGUCGGGGUAAGUUCGAGCGGCUGCUGGGUUCUAUGAACGACUUGCAGCAGCAGCAAUAUCUGACAGAUCCCCGAAAACUCAUCGCCGACUUUUACCAGGCAGGCGACAGUCGUGGACCCAGGGGCUCGCUGGAUGCGCACAAGCUCGAAGGGACGGUGGGUGCCGAAACUUCCUGGUUUGCAAUUUACAGACCUACGAGCAAGGAUGCCAUUGCAAAGAUGCUGUCUGGCUCCGCCGUGGGAAAGGGCUUGAAUGUCAAGGGAAAGUCGGCGAAGAAAGGCGUUCUUUCCGGCUUCGUUCCCUUCGUGCAGAUCAGUGAGAACGAGCACAAAAAUGUCAUUGAGGAUUCUCCCGCAGAUUCGCGAGUCGUAGUGUACUUCAAGUCCAAGGCUGCCAGAGAAGAGGCACGCAAGGUGCUGCAGGCUGUGCUCACAGAGACAGAAUCGUCGCUGAAGAUCGAAGACCGGUCGCUCAAAGACGAGGACUCGUAUAAGCCUGAUGUGUGGGGUAUUGAUAUGCCAGAGCCCCUCAUGCGGGAGGCCUACAUUAUGCAGAGAGAUAUUUCUCCGGUCAUGGGCUGGGAAACUGGUCGGAGAUCCGAGCCCGCCUUCAUGGACAUGAACCUGCACGCGAUCAGAGGGAAAUCUGAUCCUCAGGUCGUUCUGUACCAGAACGAUGAGAGCGAAGUCAUGAAUCCGCGUGGCUUGCUGAUUGCCUACGCAGAAGCGUUUGUCAAACCAGUCGUGUCGGAUUUUGACACCUUUACGGUGGGUUCUAUGAACAUGGUUUAUGAGUCUCUGCCUGCAGAGCAGGCGGAGCUGAUCCACUGGCUCCUGACGCACACAAAGGAUAUUCUGGAUAAUUUGGAUCACCAAUCCUGGAACUCGCGCUGGCUGGAAGUCCUGGCCAAAGAGAACGAGCGGGGUUUCCACCCUGCGAUCCCGAAGUUCGGCUUUGGCGACCCAACCUCGUAUCGCUUGAUCCAGGACGUGAUCGCAGAGACCGCACCUUGUGGAGCAGUGCGACACGGUGCCGAGUGCUGCAACCUGUACUUUCCGCAGGAGUUGGAUGACGAGUACCUCAUUGUUUGGCAGGGCUUUGAGGGCAAGCCAUGGGACUACACCACUGAGGCUGGUCUUCGAGACUUCCUCAUGAAAAGGGUCCAUGAAGGCUACGUCUUUCCACUGAAUCCGGUCUGGCCUGUAAGGGACAAAGGAUGGUGGGAGAUCCUGGAGGCCAUGCUCCAACAACCUACGGCUAAGAAAUGCCUGGAGUCAUGGUUCCCUCCAGAUGUUAAGUAUUUCGAAGCGGCGAAAGAGCUGCACGACAACUACGCGGAGGGCUUCAAGAUUGUCCAGAGUACAGAAUAG